UGUGAGUACCUGCUGCUGGAAGGACGACGUAACCACCACCGUCUCCUCCGGUUGCCAUUUUUUUAGCGGCUCCCAGCGAUCCAGGUCGGUCUCAGUCGGAUGCAGCUUCACCACACGAAAGCAAGAGAAAAGAGUCACCCAAAUCCAUAGCAGCACAAGAGACAACCAGAGCCGGAUCGAUCACAGGACAGGAGGCGUCAUGGGGAGGAGUGGGGCUGAGCCUGAGGCAUCAUCGGUGGCUCGUGCGGCCGUGGUCGCGCUCGUGCUGCUCGCGGCCAUGCUGUCGCCGUGCUGCUGCUGCGCGUCGGCGGCGAGGGUUGGCGGCGUGGGGCGGCGGCGGGAGCGGCGGCUGCAGCUGCACCCGGUCAUCCUGAUCCCCGGCGCCGGCGGGAACCAGCUGGAGGCGCGGCUGACGGAGGAGUACAGCCCGUCGAGCUUCGCGUGCCGGGUGUGGCCCGUGGUGCGGGGCCGCGGCGGCUGGUUCCGCCUGUGGUUCGACCUGUCCGUCGUGGUGGCGCCGCUCACCCGCUGCUUCGCCGACCGGAUGACGCUCCACUACGACCGGGCCGCCGACGACUACCGCAACACCCCCGGCGUCGAGACCAGGGUCUCCGACUUCGGCUCCACCUCCACCCUCCGCUACCUCGACCCCAACCUCAAGCUACUGACGGGGUACAUGAACGUGCUGGCGAGCACGCUGGAGAAGGAGGCCGGGUACGAGGAGGGGUUCGACCUGUUCGGCGCGCCGUACGACUUCCGGUACGGGCUGGCCGGGCCGGGGCACCCAUCGCGGGUGGGCAGCGCGUUCCUGCAGCGGCUGAGGAAGCUGGUGGAGUCGGCGUGCGCGGCCAAUGGCGGCAGGCCGGCGAUCCUCGUGGCGCACAGCCUGGGCGGUCUGUACGCGCUGCAGCUGCUGGCGCGCAGCCCGCCGGCGUGGCGCGCGGAGCACGUGAGGCGGCUGGUGACGCUGUCCGCGCCGUGGGGCGGGUCGGUGCAGGAGAUGCUCACCUUCGCCUCCGGCAACACCCUCGGCGUGCCGUUCGUCGACGCGUCGCUCAUCCGCGACGAGCAGCGGUCCGCCGAGAGCAACCUCUGGCUGCUCCCGGCGCCACGGGUGUUCGGCAACACCACGCUGGUGGAGUCGCGCUACCACAACCGGUCCUACUCCGCCAAGAACAUGACGCAGUUCCUGCGGGACAUCGGGUUCGCCGAGGGGGUGGAGCCCUACCGCGAGCGGAUCCGGCCGCUCGUCGAGGCCCUGCCGGAGCCCGGCGUGCCGGUGACGUGCCUCGUCGGCACCGGCGUCGACACCGUGGAGAGCCUCGUGUACGGGGAGGAAGGCUUCGAGGCCGGCCCCGAGAAGGUGGUGUACGGCGACGGCGACGGGACGGUCAACCUCGCCAGCCUCGUCGGCCCGAUCAAGGCGUGGUCGGGCUCGCCGGAGCAGGUGGUGGAGGUGGUCGAGCUGCCCAAGGUGUCGCACUCCGGCAUCCUCAACGACAAGAACGCGCUCGACCAGAUCUUGAGGGUCAUCGACGCCAUCAAUCUGAACGCCACGAGCCCCUCUAUCCAUCGAUCGUCUCAGGAUGUUUUGUACAAGUAGAUUACUCGCUUGAAAUUUGCUUCUUUAAAUCGUUGAGAAUUUGCUUGCUCAGCUAGCUAGUACUAGCUCGCUGGGGCUUGGAUUCAGGUGCAUGUUUUUUGCACGUUGACAAGCCAAUUAGCAGAAGCCACAAAUAAGAGAAAAUUAAAACAUGCUUGUUUAGUACUUACUUUGUAUCUUAGAGUAGUAUUUUAAUAGAUAAUAUUGUUUACUUUU